AUGGCCACCAUCACCUGCACCCGCUUCACGGAAGAGUACCAGCUCUUUGAGGAACUGGGAAAGGGAGCCUUCUCAGUGGUGCGCAGGUGUGUGAAGGUGCUGGCUGGCCAGGAGUAUGCUGCUAAGAUCAUCAACACCAAGAAGCUCUCGGCCAGAGGUAGGUGGCAGAUCCAUGCCUUACCCGCCCUCUGGGGCUCUUCUUCCCUCAGCGCCUUGGGUUAGAAGCCAGACCUGGGUCUGUCCCCCUGGGUGAUGUUGCAGGGGGGAG